UGCUCCAUAAAUCACGUUGUCCAUCUCCACUGUAGUGGAGAAUAGCUUCGGUUAACUGUUUCCUUCCUCUUUGCAACAAUGAUCAAAUAUAAACACCAUUAAGCCAUAGUGCAGGAGGUGAUUUGUGUAGAACUGGUUUACUUGAACUUUAUUGCAUCUCUGAGUGCCCCAUUAAGAUACCGUGGAAAGGGCCAUAAUUGCUUUUGAAGAACUCUGUGCAAAUAGUGUAGUGAUAUACACUAUAGAGUUAAAAGCCUAGACGUCCUGUACAAUUUACCUGAAAACCGGUGAAUCACACCUGUCCUGUGAUAAAGGCUCAAAAUGUUGCAUAAAACCGCCGGUGCUCCCAGGUCGUGGAGAUGCGCUCCACACGCUCCGCACCCCAUGUUAAUUGUGUUCUGUAGUUCACUCCAUCCUAAUUGGUUUACCACGAGAGCGGUGGUUUAAUGGGGCGAACGCACCCCCGUCAAAGGCUAAUGGCCUGCAAACAUGGCCAGAGUGCAGUGAGUAAAGCGGCCUCGGCAGCUCUGUGUUUGUUAUUGCCAAGGGCCCAUCGUGCGGGAACAGUGAGCUCACACUCGCUAAAUGGUGUUAAAUGAUGCAUUUACAGAAGUGUAAUGGGUACAUUUUAAAAGUCACCAAAUCAGAGCGGUACAGACAAAUGCAAAAAGUGGCAGUGGAAAUAGGCCUGGUGUUUGAGCUUCCCAUCCGAGUUUCCAAGACAACUGUCUCAACAUCCAACUCCCUUAUCUCGCAGGUCAACCAAUGUUUGCGCCCUUACCUAUCGAUUUAUCAGGCGUGUUGUGCAGACAAGAGAUAUAUCCAUAUAUAUUGUCUCUGUGCUGGGUUGGUUUGUGUCUAACCCUUCUCCCUGUGUAGACACAAGGUCCCCAUUCACACUACUUGACCCGUGUUUGUUUCUGUUGUGGUGACAAACAGGGGGGAGCCAGGUAAAGGUGGUAUUUACUGAGUGGCAUUGAUUUAAGCGCGCAGGGACGUCCUGUUCAAUUUACUGAAAAAUCUCAAGCUGCGCUGGAAACUAAGGGAUCGCCCAUAGGUCUACAGUUUUGAGCAAACAGUCAAACCAAUGACUUGGGCGCUGCAGAGUCACAUGGUGAUAGGGUGACACACCUGUGUGGAGCUGCAGAGGCCUCACAGUUGCGCCAGAGGCAGGUAGAGCAGAAGGUCCGCACCGAGGCAGGGCGCAGGUGGUGUAUGUGCGCGCAAACUUCCCUGCAGCCUCGGGUCCUCCGAAGUCAUGAAUCGGGAAGAUAAUUUUUACCCUUCGCAGGUUUUUAAAGAUUCCUGCGCUUACCAGAGGUCACACAGCGAGGACUACAGCCACAGCCCGCCGCCCUGUCUCUACAUGAGCAGGCAGGUCCACUCCGUCUACACUCCGCCGUCCGUGGGAGCCCUGGAGCAGGCCAGUCUACCUGACAUAGCUCCGUCUUAUACUCUACCCAUCCGAGAUGAUCCAGGGGUGCCUCAGCUCCACCACCCACAGGUGCUUCAGCAGCAGCCCCUUCACCCUGCUGCAGGUUAUGGUGACACGGUGGAGCAGAGCAGAUAUCACCUCCCUUUCCCUUGGAUGAAAACGACUAAAUCCCACUCACACGCAUGGAAGGGACAGUGGGCAGGUCCAUAUGUGAUGGCAGAGACCGAGGAAAACAAACGCACGCGGACAGCCUACACGCGCGCCCAGCUGCUCGAGCUCGAGAAGGAGUUCCUGUUCAACCGCUACAUCUCGAGGCCGCGGCGCGUGGAGCUGGCCCUGACCCUCAGCCUCACCGAGCGCCACAUUAAGAUCUGGUUCCAGAACCGGCGCAUGAAGUGGAAAAAGGAGGAGGACCGUAGGAGGGCGAGGGGGUCCGACCCUGACCAGGACUCCUCCAUCACCUCUGGGGACCAGAGGGAGGCCGCGGGAGGGCUGUCCUCCACCAACGGACCUCAGAGCACCACACCCCCUGUUUCUCCGCAGUGCCACACAAGGGAGCCCUCCUAAACCUACAGGAAGAACUUAUCUAGACACUAAGGAAACUUAUAUUACAUGGAUAUUUUAUUCUGAGAUCAUGGGAACUCGCAUAACAGGCUACAACUCACAUGAGAGCCAUGUUGGAUAUUACUGACAGGACAUUCCUGCAUCCUACCCCACCUCUGUUUGAGACUGUUCAGCAAAAGGACCAGAGACGGAACUUUAACUUUCCUCCUUUCAGAGCCAGUAUGAGAAAAGACUUAUUUACGCAAACUGUGGUUGUUUUGGUUUAUUUAGGCUAGUUUUACAGCACCUUCUUUUGUCGCCUCAGAGAUGUGAGUAGUAAAGCAAAUGUAUCGAUAUAUGUAUGUGCUAUAUCCAAUGUAUAGUCUACUUGUACGCCUAUUGUAAUAUUAUAAUUAUUCAAAUAUUUUUAUUGUUUUGACAAAGUCGUUAAUUAAUUGAGUUAAUGCCACGUUUAAAAUAAAGAAAAUGUUCACAGCA